AUGCCAAAGUGGAACCAGAUCCCUCGAGCAUCUUGGGGAGUGUUCCACAGUCAGUUGCUCUUACAAUCACCGAAACUCAUUUCCCCUGCAUCUGUAUGCCUGAUAUUCACUCUUUCGACCACCGAUCUCAUUCAAGACUAUAUCCAUGAUGGAAACAUAAACGCUGCUCGCAAACUGUUUGAUGAAAAUCCCGCAUCUUGUAAUACAGUCGCUUGGAACUCCAUGAUCACUGGCCACAUCAGACACAACCAAAUGCAGUCCGCUCAUGAACUAUUCGAUAAAAUGCCCAUGAGAGAUGUCGUUUCAUGGAAUACCAUGUUGUCCGGUUUUAACAAGAUCAAAGAUCCACACAAACUCCACCAACUGUUCUUGCAAAUGAACAAAGCUGGCGAAAGGCCCAACCAAUUCACAUUUUCAACCAUAAUCAGCGGUUUCUUGAACACGUUUGAUGUCUUGGUUCCGCAGCUUCAUUCUCUCAUUCUUCACUCAGGCCUUCAUUCCAAUGUCUUCGUGGGGUCAGCAUUGAUGAGGGGCUAUACCCAUUUAAUGGAUCGAUCUAGCCUAUGCCGUGUGUUUGAUGACAUCCUUACAAAAGAUAUCAGUACAUGGAAUGCAUUGCUUGUAGGCUACAUGGAUUUGGGCUUCAUAGCCGAUGCACAGAUAACCUUUGACAUGAUGCCUGAACUUAACAUCAUUUCCUGGACCACCUUAGUCGAUGGGUACAUCAAAAACAGAAAUAUCAACCAAGCACGCCACAUGUUCGACAAAAUGCCACAAAAGAAUGUCGUCUCCUGGACUGCAAUGAUCAAAGGGUAUGUCCAACAAGAAAACUACACCAAUGCCAUACAACUAUUCAUCUCAAUGCUAAAUUCCAACACGUCUCCCAACCAUUUCACCUUUUCAACUCUCCUAGACGCAUGUGCAGGUUGUUCCAUGUUUCUCCUUGGAAACCAGCUUCACUCAUGCAUUUUAAAAUCAGGAUUAUGUCAAGAACUCGUCCUCUCAACCUCCCUCAUCGACAUGUACACCAAAUGUGGCGACAUCAAAUCUGCAUUCACCAUAUUCGACUCCAUGAAAACCAAGAACACGGUUUCAUGGAACUCCAUCAUUGGAGGUUGUGCAAGGCAUGGAUUGGCACACCAAGCUUUAUCUGAAUUCAAGAAAAUGACUGAAAGUGGUAUGAAGCCUGAUCAUGUGACUUACAUCAAUGUACUAUCGGCUUGUGUGCAUGGAGGGCUUGUUAAAGAAGGUGAACACCAUUUUCAUUCAAUGGUGGAAAGAUACGGAGUUGAAGCAGAGAUGAAGCAUUAUACUUGCAUGGUGGAUUUAUAUGGGAAAGCAGGUGAAGUUGAUAAGGCUGUGAGAUUGGUGAAGGAGAUGCCUUUUGAACCUGAUGUGGGUGUGUGGGGUGCAUUGCUUGCUGGUUGUGGGUUGCAUUCGUGUUAUGAGGUUGUAAAUGGGCUUCAAAUUUUGGGAAGAGACUAUUCGAGUAUUUAUAAUAUGUUAAUAAAGAUACAUAGUGAAAAGGGUUCGUGGAGUCAUGCAAUUGAGAUGAGGGACAAGGUGAUUGAAAGAGGUGGUAGGAAGCAAAAGGCUGCUAGCUGGGUCGAGUUUUCCAUUGGUGAAAGCUAA